AUGAACACCAGACAAACGCGGAGAAAAAGAAGCAUCAACUCGGUCUCUAAUUCAGAGCCCCGCACUUCCACUUCAUACAGGAACCCUCGUGUGUCUGGGGGAAUUAGUACUGGAGUCUCAUCUUGCGAAACACCCCGCCAAUCAACAAAAAGAGUUCGUUUCUCAGAUCCGGGUCCACGGCUAGAAGGGAACUGCCUUGGAUGCUCUACAGGCCUUACCCCAGCAAUGGUUCGCACAUCGUUCGAAGAACCCGAUGAUUCCACAGAUGGCAUUGAUUGCACCCCAAGCCGCCGGUUGCGGCGGCGCUCAACCCCACUUCCGCAAUCUCGUCGUUCGCUGGGUUCUGUGUUGCCUAUUGAUAGUUCCAAAUCAAAGACAGUGGUGCAGUUUACGCCUUUACGGCAAAUUUUGGACUCCCGGACUCAGCGGAGAAUCCGGCGACUGGGCCUGAGUAAUGAGAUUAAUCAACUUGAACGAGAGAAGCGGGAGUCUGCGCAUUACCAAAAGUCCCUGCAAGCUCUGCUGCAAGAAAGAGAUACAUUGAAGCAGGAGCUCGAGUUGGUAAAACGGAACAGUGGCACUCCAGAACACCAUUCACGCAGUAAGGAAAUCCUGGGGCUAUCCCCUCAGUCUAACCUAGAGCAUUUGGAGUCCUCGAACAGCCAGCUGAGGCAAGAGAUCUCGCCCUCCUCCGCUGCAAACGCCGAGGAUCAAUCGGAUGACGCCGGUACUGAAGGUGACACAAUCAUCAUUGACAGCGGGUUUGAGGGAGACACGGUUCUCAUGUCCGAUUCUCCAAUUAUGCGUGGCAUACAGCUUCCUCGACCAUCUCCAGAUGAUUUCACCCAUCUGGUCCCCGCAGACCCCAAUACAGAUGCGUCAGCUCAAACGUCUCUGUCUGGCCAUGACCAAGACGCUGAGCUCCUUGCUUUGUCGCUUGACUUAGAAGCUGCUAGGAAGGAGAAACGGGAUUUUUUCAACGCAUGGCGCACGAGGCUUGUUUCCUUCCCGGGAACUACAACUGAACCUUACCUCCAGCGGUCUUCUCCCCCGCCAGAUUUCUUCGAUCAAAUUUUGCCUACACUAACAGGAGCUCUUACCAGCGCUUCAGACGCUAUCGGCGCAUUGGACGCUGUCAAACAGGAGCUUUCUAGUCUAGGGUUCCCCGGUAGCAGCAUGGACGAGAUCAUUUCGGAAAUGCGUAGUCGCUUCCGAUCAGCACGCUUACAGCUGGAGCGUGCAGUCCCUGGGGAAACGCCCAGCUCAAGCUUAGAUAAUGGGAAUACAACCCUCAGCGCACUUGUGAGGAGGGUCGAGCUGCUCGUCAAAAGCUUGAGUGAAGAACGCACUCGACAUGGAGGAUCUCUUGGGCGAGAACGGGCAUUGCGCGGCCAAUUCGAUACCCUGUUGACCCGCUAUGAAACCGCAUCAAGGAAAAUACGCGAUCUUGAAGAAUCUAUUGCAUCUUCCGCAGGCGAUAUGCUUCACACGAGAAUGCGGAUGCAGGAGCUUGAGCGUGAAGGGAAAGAGCAAGCCCUAGGGAUUGAGAGAUUAAAUGAAGCUCUUAGCAAAUACCGUGUAGAGGUCAAGAGCUUUGAGAAACUCGUGACGGAACUCGAACAGGACAAGGUCGUCUCUACCAAACGACACGAGGAGCAGAUGUUGCAACAGGAAAAGAGAGUAGCAGAUGAAGGAAGCGCCCGUCGUGUAGCCGAGUCGACUGUUGCAGAGCGAGAGGCACGUAUUCAAGAGUUGGAAGGGAUUGUUGAGUUGAAUAAAAUUUGCGUGUGCGAUUUGACUGCUAAGAUUGAAUCACUAGAAAAGGAACUCAAGCAAACGGUUGACAGCUCCGAACAGCAGGCAGUCGAGCAACUCCAAGAUCACCAACAGGAGGUCGGGAGGAUGAACGUCCACAUCGCCGAGCUGACCACAUAUCUGGACACCGCCAAAUCGGAAGUGGACAAGCUUCAUGAGAGCAACGCUGGCUUAGAGGAACAGCUGCGCCUUGAAAUGCAGGCCAGGGACGAUUUGCUAGAGAAAUGGGCUGCAGACCAAGCACGGUCUUUCGCCUACAUGAAGGAAACCGUCAAGACAGAGCGACGCAAAGCAAAGGUGCGCACUGCCAAUUGGGAACUUAAGUCGGAUGAGCUACAGUCGGAUGGCACGAACAUCGGGAGCGAGCCCAUUACCCCUGUCGGUCGAGGCAAGGAACGACGGCGGCUUGACAGUGGUAUCGGGAUCCUGACAGAAGACGAGCUUUUUGAGGGCGUGGGUAUCGACACUGAUACUUUACCUUCUGAUCCUGCCGAUCUCUAGCUAACGUUCUAUUUUGUGUGAACCAUUUCGUUACUCUCAAUUGUUUCCAUUUGUAGCAUAUCUACGCUGCG